CGAAGAUGAUUGAUUACCUUCACGAGUUCGUGAAGACUCGCGUUGCAGACACUCGCAAUGCUUGCGAGUUUGUUCACAACCGGCGAACGAAACUGGGAUCCCAAACGUGACAUGUAUUGGAAAAUGCCGGGGAACAAAAGGACGGAGGUUUGGGACUUCCUUUUCCAACCCAGACUGCCUGGUCCGACCGACCUCGAAUACAAUCGACAGAGAAACCUGGUGUUCGGUGUGCUCAAUGGGUACCACGAUGCACCCAGGGAGUCUGUCUCGCAUUUCCUGAGAAGGCUGGAGCACGUUUACUUCACGCUGGCCGAACCGCUCACCCUGGAAAACUACAAGUCACAGUUUGACGAGGAGGAUUUUUUCGACGCUGAAGACAUGGAGGAGCUGAGCGACUCGGAAACCUUCGAUUUCGAGUCCAUGCCACUUCCUCGGGUGGUUGGACAGGUUGGUGAUGAAGAGGAAGGUGGCCCUCAGAGAUAUAGCACGUCCCCUGCCGAUUUGAAGCGGAUGUUUCGGGGCGAACUAGUCGACGACCAAUCGUCUGAUGACGGGGAGGAAGAUAGAGACUAUGAUCACGAAUCUUGUGACAAGCUCCCUGAGGACCACGACACCUGGCAGAAUGACAGACUCUACUUCUUCUGCAAGCAUCACCGGUUCACGGCGGAGGAUGUCUGGGGACACAACGUCGUCUGGCAUCCGAGGAUAUUCCAACCUGCUGCGAGGAAUGGAAUGUGGGUCAUGACAAUGAAGGAGGCCGAUGGCAAGUGGAGUGGACUGAAGAGACUAGGAGCGGGUGCAUUUAAGAGAACGGCGAGAACUGCUCUGGUGGAGCAUUUGAGUCUUAUGAACCCCGAGAGGAACGAUCCGGACGUCGCUGCGUAUGCGUAUGCAGAACAAAAGCUAAAUGAGUUGUACGCCAACAACAUGUUGGAGUUUCGAGCGCCUUUCUAUACACUCGAUACGGCACCGUCUCGUGGCAUUGACUGCCGCAUGCCGCAACCUCCGUCGGGCGGUCAGCAUCCGGGAGGGGGUGGAGGAGGAGACGAAGGAGACGGCGGAGGUGGCGGAGGAGACGGCUCACAGUUUGCCGGAAAGAGGACGGGCGAGACAUCGUCGGUAGAGAAGGCGUCCGGCUCAAAGGGGUCAGGCGGAAAGGACUCGGGCGGAAAGGGGUCGGGCGGAAAGCGUAGAACGUCCGGGAGUCCCCAGUAUAUGGAAAUUGACCCUCACUGCGUAGGGAGUUGAGAUUCCGACAUGCGAGACGAG